ACCGCUCUUUAGUACUUCAGACUGUGAUGCUUUUCUGCACCGCUAGCAGAAGUGCGAGUGUCUUUCAUAUGAGCGGUUUAAAAACGAAAGUGAAAGAAGAAAAACGGUUUCAAAGAGAAAACCCCGCCAACACUGAGUAUUCAAACGACCGCCAGUUUUGUGAGAAAAGACAGAAGAAAUUUGCUGAGGAUUUGCAGAAAUACUCAAACAUUUCAAAGGACAUCAUGAAGAUCUUCAAUGACCCUAUUUAUGGUCACAUUGAGCUGCACCCCCUGCUGGUGAAAAUGAUUGACACUCCUCAGUUUCAGAGACUACGUCACCUCAAACAACUGGGAACAAAAUAUCUUAUUUACCCUGGUGCCACUCAUACUCGCUUCGCACACUCAAUCGGUGUGGCGUAUUUAGCAGGAUGUCUUGUCAAGACUCUUCAUGAGAAUCAGCCAGAGCUCAACAUCACCGAACAAGAUUCCCUGUGUGUUCAGAUUGCUGCCCUGUGUUAUGACUUGGGUCAUGGACCGUUCUCUCGUUUGUUUGAUGGCAUGUUCAUCCCUGAUGUCCGGCCUGAUAACAAAUGGCAGCAUGAGGAGGCGUCUGUUCAGAUGUUUCACUGCAUGAGAAAGAAGAAUGGACUGGACAAAGUGAUGAAGGACUAUGGAUUGAAUCUAGAUGAAGACAUCGUCUUCAUUGAGGAAUUAAUACAGGGACGCAAAUCUUCAGAUAGUAAGUGGACAGCAAAGGGAAGACCUGAAAACAAAUCUUUCUUGUAUGAGAUUGUGGCAAAUAAACUGAAUGGCAUUGAUGUGGAUAAAUGGGAUUAUUUGUCUCGAGACUGUCAUUAUCUUGCAAUUCCAAACGGGUUUGAUCAUCAGCGUCUGCUGAAAUCUGCUCGGGUCUGUAAGGUGGAUGGGAGGAAUCAUAUCUGCUUCAGAGACAAGGUGGCAGAUAUUGUUUACGGCAUGUUUCACACCAGAUACACUCUUCAUCGUCAGGCUCUUCAGCACAAGAUCGGCUACAUCAUUGACGUCAAGAUUAAGGAUGCUCUGGUACUAGCUGAUGGCAAGCUGAUUCCAGAUCACAAGAUCUCCGAUGCCAUAGACGACAUGCUAGAGUACACCAAACUCACAGAUCACAUCUUUGAUGAGAUUCUUAACCAGCCAGACACUGCAAAGCUGAAAAAAGCCAGAGGUAUUUUAGAGGACAUUGUCAACAGACGUCUGCCGAAAUUUGUUGGAGAGGCUCGACUGAAUGAAGAAAUAUUAGAGGAAAAACUUGAUGCCAAAUUUAAAGACCAACCUAGUAAAGCAACCAUGAUGAAAGUGCAGGAAAAACUGAAGAAACACUGGGAGAAAAUGUUCAACACACCCAACCAGUCUCUGAAUGCUAAGGACUUUGACAUUUAUGUUCUUGACAUGGGUUUUGGUGAAGUGGGUAAUGAGCCCAUUGAUAAUGUUCAUUUCUACAGCAAGAGUGACCUGAAGACAGCAUUCAAGUUGGAGAAGUACCAGGUCUCCAGUCUCAAACCAAAAAGGUUUCAUGAAUUUCUCGUGAGGGUGUACUACAAUAAAACUGAUGGCAGUUAUCAGGAGGUCCAGCAGAAAGCAGAGGAGAGCUUCCAUAAGUGGUGCAAGAACAAUGAGUUCAUUGAUUCAGGAAAAGAAGAGGAGACUGUCAGAGAGCUAUCACAACACAGUCAACCCUCCUUAGGCAAGAUCUUCAGUGACCCCAUUUUUGGUCAAAUAGAGCUGGACCCUCUUCUGAUAGAGAUCAUUGACACUCCUCAGUUUCAGAGACUGAGACACAUCAAACAGCUGGGAGGAGCAUAUCUGGUAUAUCCUGGAGCCACUCAUACCCGCUUUGAACACUCACUUGGGAUGGCCUAUUUAGCAGGACGGAUGAUCAACAUUCUGAAAGAAAAACAAGAGGAUCUCGGCAUUGAUGAAAAAGACGUCCUGUGUGUCCAGAUUGCUGCUCUGUGCUACAAUUUAGGCCAUGGUCCAUUCUCUCAUCUGUAUGAGCGAUUCUACUGUGAUGCUCUAAAGCGUGAGGGUUAUGGAGAUGACAGAGGUGGAAGUGGACAGGGCAAACGAAAGGAUCAGGCAAAAACAGGAAAAAUUGAAAAUUGGAAGGUUGCAUCACUCUUGAUACUUAAGAAAAUAUUACAGAUCAAUAGAGCAUUGGAUGGCAGGAUUCAAGAGAAAGACCUCACCUUUAUUCAGGAGUUAAUUGAGGGAGUUGAUACAGAUGGCAAGUGGAAAGCGAAGGGCAGGACUGUGGACAAGGCUUUCCUGUAUGACAUUGUGAUAAAUAAAUGGAAUGGCAUUGAUGUGUGUAGAUGGGACUAUUUUGCACGAGACUGUCAUUACCUCGGUAUCCCAAACAGCUUUGACCAUCAACGCAUGCUGAAAUCUGCUCGGGUGUGUGAAGUCGAAGGGAGGAAACACAUCUGCUUCAGAGACAAGGUGGCUGAUAAUGUUUAUGACAUGUUUCGAACCCAGUACACUCUGUACAGCCAGGCCUACCAGCACAAGAUCGUCACCAUCAUUGAAAAAAAAAUCACAGAAGCCCUCUCUGCAGCUGAAGACAAGAUCACCAAGAUCUCACCGUUUAUUGAAACCUCUUCACGAGAUGAAAGCCUGCAGAGGAGUAUAAGUGGCACACGAAAGCGCAUGAAAGCACUAGCGACUGACGAGGAAAGGGUUGCAAAGAUGACCAAACUAACAGAUCACAUCUUUGAGGAGAUCUUGUACUCCACUGAUGACAAGCUGAAAGAUGCCCGGAUGAAGCUUGAGGAUGUUGUGAGGAGACACCUGCCGAAGUGUGUGGGAGAGACCAGAAUAACGCAAGCUGAAUACAAAGACAAACAGAUCUUACAGGAUAACUGGAAUGAAGCUGUGGACGAGUGGAACAAACUUCACCCAACUGUGUUCUUGGAUAAAAAUGAUUUCAGUGUGGAUACUAUUCACCUGGACAACACUUACAAGGAGGCUGAAAACCCCAUCAACAAUGUCUAUUUCUACAGGAAGAGAAACCCCACUGAAGCCUUCAAGAUUAAGAAAUAUGAGGUAUCCAGUCUGCUGCCGGAGGAGUUUACUGAAUAUGUUGGUCGGGUUUACUACACAAAAAACUCUGAUGAGGAGGAGAAGGACGCUAAGGAGUGCUUCAAAUGGUGGCGCCUUGGCAUGUAUAAGAUUCUGGUCUAUGAUGAGGAAGAAUUGAAGGGGAACGAGCUCUUGAUCACAAAGGACUGUGCAUCUUUGGACUGCUGUGGUAUAAAAGCAAUCCGCUCAUGUAAGGUGCUCAGUGGCGUCUGGAAUCUCUAUGUGUGUCCUAACUACAGUGAACUAGAGUACACACUGCAGCCGGAGAGAGAGUUUCGCAAUCCUACAGAGUGGGGUGCCCUCGACCGCACUGCUCCUGCUCUGUCUCUUAGACAUGAGCGAGAAUAAAAUCUGGCUAUCCAGAAAAACUCCAUCUAUCCCUUGUUGCUCUUGUUCAUCUUAAAAAGUAGGGCUGUCAAUUCAAAAGAUAAUGUUUAAUUAUAAUUUCAAUAAAAAUACUAAACAUGUCUUGACUUGUAUACAUUCUCUAUGGUGACUGAAGGUAAAGGAAGUGAAUAGUGACUUAUGGAAACAUUAAGGUUCGUAGCCUGUUAGGACAUAGAGAUUUCUAAGAAAUAAGACUUACAGAUCAUGACCUUUUUAAGUGUGAUGAUAUGUGUGAUAGACUCUGCAAACAUGCAGAACAACAUAUGCUUAAGCAUAUAAACACACAAGGCUGAUGGCACAUCAUUGUAAUAAUAUAAACACGUACAGUACACAUAAGGAGAGACUGUAUUUUCUUUUGUUAUUUAAUUAACAUUAACACAGACUGACACAGACAGAAGCAGGUAUAUUAAAAGCUGCUGUCACUUUAAGACCAAUUGCACAGAUCUGACACACAUCAGAUUUUCUCCCAACAGUUUACGUUCAUUUAAAUAAUUUUAUAUUAUCUCAGUUAAGACUGUGAUGAUGAGCUACCCUCUUGCCCAAAAAGCGAAGUCCAGCGGCCUGGGGGAAGGUGUUCUGCAUGUCUGUCUUUUCUUGCGCUUCUGCAAAAAAUCACUUGAUUUAUUAAAACGUUGGUUUCUAAUUUAAUUCUGACUCCUUUCUCAUUUGAAUCUGACUCCAGUUUCAAGUGUUUAUUGAAUACAAAUUGCGAUAGUAAUUUUAAAAGCAGAUCAUAAUGUUAGCUGUGUUACAAUUUAAAAACCUGAUUAUUCUCACUCACUAUACUUUAAAUUAUUUGUUCAUUGGGGACCUAAUGUCUCAUUUGAGCCUUGCGGCGGGCGGAGUGCAGGUCUCACGAUCACAAAUUUGCCAGUCUGAUGUUAGUCAGAGGGUGCAGGUAAACUAGUACCUAAUUGUCUGCCGCCAACUGCUUGCUCUUGACAAAAAGUGUAGUUUACUUAGUCUUUCUCCCGUACAUCUUGUUAGCACCAGUGAUAGACAGAAAUCAGAAGGUCUCCGAUGACGUGCCUACUGUUCCGUUCAUUUAUGAGCCUUCAGUUUGACCUAUCCUGGCUGUAGAUUUGCGGUAACAAAAGCCUCCUCACAGGCUAAUAGUCAUAAUGUUUUCAGCUAAAAUAAAUAAAGAAAUAACAUUUAUUUUGGUAUUACUAUAGUAAAUGUAGGCUAUAGUAGGCUAACCGUGUUUUUUGGGCAUUUUUUAUUACCAGUUGUAGCUUAUAACCACAGUUUUACUACAAAUACCAUGGUUAAACUACACUGUAAAACCCAACAAGUUAGGAUAACUCAAACCGUUCGAGUAAACCGAUUUCCUUAAAAACCUAACAAGUUAGGUUAACUCAAAUCAUUUGAGGCAACUGAUUGCCAUAAAACAUUUAAGUUUCAUAAAACUAACAGUUAUGAGUACUCUGAACUUAUUUCAGUUGAGUUCACUAAAUAAGAUAUACAUUGCAGUUAAGUAAUUAAGUGAUUAAUUAAGUGCUGAUUGAGCAUUAGUGAUGAACACCUGCUGUUAACAAACAGAAUCACUGAAUAAAAGAGAAACACAAGAAAUACAACUGACUUCAGCCACAGCCUUAGAUGAAAUCAACUGAAAUAAAAUACUUUAAAUCUCUCAAAAUCUGAUUAAACAACCCCACAAACAGCAUCACCAGCUCCACUUAUUAAUAACCAGACUGACUUUAUUUCUGUCAGACAUCUACACAAGAUCUUAUUGAGAAUUAACUAAGGUUUAGAUGUUGAUUUAUUGUUUCAUUUGAAGUAACCAUGUUAGAGAUCAGUGUCUGCUUUACUUGGGCUCUUGACCCUUGACUUCUGUGUUAGUUGUUUUUUUUUUUCUUUUCUCUGGCUGUUGUAGUCAUGUGUUUCUCGAGCAUAUUUACUACAACUCAAAAGCCCCGAGGAAACGAUCAGUAGUUGGUUGUUAUAUAUUUAUAGUGGCAAUCAACUAUUAAUGAACUGAUCUCGUUGAGAGUCUACUCUCUGAUUAAACGGAUGUUUUAUUGAUUAUAGCAAAAGCGAUUCUAAGAGCCAGUGGUUCUGUGACAAUCAGUUUACAAAAAGGACUUUCUAAACAGUUUGUCCACAAAAAGUUUUAAUCUAUGGGAGAAAUUAUACUCACACAGACAUCAAGAAUCAGCUUAUGAACCUCAACAAUGGUGACCAUUAAAAAAAAAUAAAUAAAUAAUAAUAAUUCUGCAAUGCAUGCUGGGUACUAGCACAAAACUUAUCCAUGGCUCCCAGCAAAAAAUGGGUUCUAUUGUCUUUAUUUUUCCAUAAUAGUCUUAUAGUUCUGUCAAUAAUUUGUUCAUGAAUCACAUAUUAUUGUUUGUUCUCACUCUCUGUUAUAUAGGCCUGCGUGACAGAGUAUAAAAGUUAUAGGCCUACUAAAAUAUGCGGAAAUCUUUUUUAUACAGUUUAAAAAUAAAAAGAAGAAAAACAAUCCUGUCAGUCGGGGUUCUGUUAGCCAAUAGACCCGUUAUACCGGUUUUACAGUCAAUCCUAUGUCCAACAAAUAAAUACACACACGGUCAGGGACAAGGCAUAUUAACACAUCCCUGGAGAUAGAUAGACCUAAUGGCUAGACCUCCCAUUCCGUUACAAGAGUGCUCGCUCGCUCUCUCUCUCUCUCUAUGGAGACUUUUUUUGAGUGUUUUGUAUUGUAUCAGAUGAUGUGUGAAAAGCAACUAAUAAAACAUUUAUUUUACCUGA